CAUUAUUUAAGAUUUAGAAUGUAAAACUAGAGUAGUCUGAUUGUUGACAGUCAAAAAAGAAAUGCAAAACGCAUUAACUAAAGAUGAUACUAGGUUCAAUGAAAGUGAAUUGGCAAAUCUUAAAGAUUAAAUUGAACUCUUAAAAAGUUCAACUAAUAAAAGAUUAUAAAUUAUUAACAAAAAAAGAGAAAAAAUAGAAAAAGAACAUUGAUUUUAUUAAAAAAGAAAAUCAAUAAUAAAUUGCUUAGGGAGGAUUCAUAUCAGUAUUUAUUUAUAUAUAUUUUAUUUCAGGGAAAUGUUAAACAAUUAUAAGAUAUUUCUGAUAUGUAGAAUAAAAAGAAUGUUAGAUGGGGAGAAAAACAACAAGAAUUCUGAGAAGAUAAAUUUAUGUAAAUAUAAAAUUAUAUUACAGUUAAAUUGCUCGUAAUUAUAAAUUAUUUAAGAAAGCCAAGGAACUGGCUGAAGAAAUUGAAAUCUUAAG